AUGAACCUGAAUGGUGGAAACAUGUCAGAGCUGAUCUUCAACACUGUCAGGAUUGUCACCACUUUGGAUUCUAACCCCAGGCCUUCACCUGGACCAGAUAACGCAACAAACUUUAGAUGUCACAGGACCGAAGUGACACACAACGGCAUCAACACGCAUCCUGUGAAUAUCUCCCACUAUAAUGCUGCAGGACAUGCGUGGUCUCUCUGUCCCCGUUUUGAGUCUCCAGUGGAAAAGAACUGGCCAGCGCUGCUGAUUUUAGUCGUCAUCGCCGUCACAGUCAUGGGCAACAUCCUGGUGAUCCUGGCGGUUUCCCUGGAGAAAAAGCUGCAAAAUGCCACAAACUAUUUCUUGAUGUCACUGGCAGUGGCUGACAUGCUUCUAGGCAUCUUGGUCAUGCCAGUUUCCAUGGUGACCAUCCUCUACGAUUACAAAUGGCCACUGCCGUCUGACCUUUGCCCUAUCUGGAUCUACCUGGAUGUCCUGUUCUCCACAGCAUCCAUCAUGCACCUCUGUGCCAUCUCUCUGGAUCGAUAUAUCGCCAUACGUAACCCGAUCCACCACAGCCGCUUCAAUUCCCACACCAAGGCUCGUGUGAAGAUCAUGGCUGUGUGGACAAUUUCUGUCGGAAUCUCAAUGCCUAUUCCUGUGCUUGGACUAAGAGACCACUCCAAGGUUUUUAAAGAUGGCGUCUGCUUACUGACAGAUGCCAACUUUGUGCUUGUGGGCUCCUUUGUUGCAUUUUUUGUUCCUUUGACCAUCAUGAUCGUCACCUACUUCCUGACUAUCAAUGCUCUACAGAAUGAAGCCACGCUCUGCUUGGACCAGCUGGUUCCACGGCCCAAAUGGAGCACUACAUUCACCCUGAGCUUCCUGUCACAAACGUCUGUAUCCUCUGACAAACUCUUCAGGCGUUCCAUAAGUCGAGAGGUUGGUGGAAGAGGAAGCAGUGGUGGCCUUGGUGGCACUCGGGGUAGUUUCUCUGGCCCAUUGUUUGGGCGGCGCACCAUGCAGUCCAUCAGCAAUGAGCAGAAGGCAUCUAAGGUGCUCGGAGUGGUGUUUUUUCUCUUUGUGGUCAUGUGGUGCCCGUUUUUCAUCACCAAUGUGCUGGUAGUGGUGUGUCACCGAGCCCCAUGUAAUCCAGAGGUCAUGGGAGAUCUGCUGAACAUUUUUGUCUGGGUUGGAUACUUAUCCUCUGCUGUUAAUCCAUUGGUCUACACAUUAUUUAAUAAAACAUACCGCACAGCUUUCCAGCGCUACAUAUGCUGUCAGUAUCAGCCAGAGAAGAAACCUCUUCAACUCAUACUGGUCAACACCAUCCCACCUCUGGCCUACAACUCCACGCAGCUACCCCUGAGUGACGUUGAGAAGUUACGGAAUGGAACAGCACACUGUAAUAAGGAGAGGAAGGAAUUCUUCCUACCUGCAAAGGAAACAACACAGUGUAGAAAGGGCAAAAGCUACAAAGACAAAGAUGAGAGCAGAGUAUAA